AUGCGUAGAUACCUCGUCGCAGGGCUCGCAGCGACCACUGUCUGGUCCGGAUUGAGCUACGUCGUUUUUCCAAAGAUGCGGUCAAGAUUCUGUCGGCCAAAGAAAUUGAGCAACGCAUUGCUCGUGCCAGCAGAGGAUAAGACACGGCGGAGUUAG